AUGUUACAGCUCAAUCACAACACUGAGUUCACGGCCACGGCGUGCGCGAUCCGCCAGAUUUGGUCUGGCAACUGUCGUCUGUCGUGUCGCCAGAGCCAGUACAGCGGCUACAGCGGCCUGAGCGGUUUGCAGACCUCGAGCGACGAGACGCCGGGCACCAGCCAGGCGAGGCCCGCUUGCGUCUGCGACACUUGCCCGUGCGCACUCAUCGAUAACGUACUCAGUACUUGUCGCCCGUUCACGAAUGCCUACUACGAAGCAUUAGGAUUUGUGUCCGAGUAUACGUGCUACGUCAUGUCCGUGCUCGCCACAAAACAGUUCGACUCCUCGCAAAAUUUAAACUUCGGGUCACAAGAUAAGGAAGAAAAGAAAUCAAACGGCAAAGUCAAAGCCAUGAAAUCCUUGAUCCUCCGCCGGAAAUCCGUCGCUGAAAGUAGGGCGCCCUCUAUCGACGAGACGGCGACGCCAAAGAAUAGAAGCCUAAGUGGCGCGUCCAAGGCAGAUAACGGCGAGGAAUCUAGCUCCAAGCCAGAUGGCGUGGACUCACUUUUCAGCCUAGUAAAACCGCUUAUGUUCAUUGUUAUAGGGAUAUUUGUUUUGUACUUGCCCCUCGGAGACCCUCAAAACAAGUGCUGUUCGCGACCAAUGGCGAUGGAAGUACAAGAGAACAGCGAUGUUGUGUGCAAUUUUUACUUAGCUUCCGUUAGAUUUGUCCAUAAAUUACUUGAAUAUGUUGAAUUCGCUAUAACUCUGAUAAUCGACAUACUUUAUGAAGCAAAACUAAAAGUAGCAAAUGCUAAAGUGGAAAAAGAUGACGUAGAUAAAGUUAUUGAAGACGAAAUCACCCAGAAAUUGGGAAAUGAUCUACUUCAGAGCAUAGAGCGGAAAUUUCAAGUCGAUUUGGAAAGGUCGGUCGAUAUGGUGCUAAUAAAGAUCAAACUUCUGCUGCAGAAUGGGACGCAGCACAUACAGGAGAGGCUAUUGCAACUGCAGAGUUUCACGGAGAUGAUAAAAAGCCACGGAGAGGAAGAGGUGACCAAGUGCUUGACACAGAAGCAAAACGACACGUCCGCCCUAGCAGAGAAAGCCCUUCAUCAGAUGGUUGUAUGUGGAUACGCGCUGAUAGGACAGGAUCCAGGAAAGGCAGUCAGAACUGUCUCUGCUCUGAAGACCAUGAUCACGGACGGUGUAAAACCAAUAAAUGAACAAAAGAACGAGAUUUACGGCCUGCUGAGAGCGUGCGGACACGACCACGACUCGCUGAAGAAGGUCGUCAAAUGCGUCAUAUCCAAGGUGCCGGUUUCGUUUCAGUUUGUAGGCCAUAGCUGGGACUGGUCACCUCUAAUCAAAUCAACGAUGAUGGAAAUAACGGGGAAGCUAGUAGAAGGUGUGGUAGAUUUGACUAAACAAAUGGCGCACGGAGCGAUGCAUGAAGCCUGUCUCAUAGAAGUCAUAAAAACUAUUGAAGACGAAGCGAUGGAUCUUAUUCAUUCAGUCAGAGACUGCGCAUUCCAAAACAUUACCUUCAUUGAGUUUGAUAACUACAUAGCCGAUAACAAUGCGACCGUUCUUGAUAUUGAAAGAAAGAAAAGUGGUAAUGCAACCGAUGGGAAUGAUAUGCAAACAAUGUUAAGAGGAAUUAUGGAAAAGGAUAAUACGAAAGAUUUUGAUAGCCUCAAUGUUAGGCUUAAGGAACUCCACGAGGAUCUUAAUAAUAUUGAUAAUGAUUUUUUUACGAAUAAUGAUAAUAAAAAAGAGUAA